AUGACCGAAGGUCUAAAUGCUGCGCGAUGGAGAAGUAAUGCACAUAUUAGGAAUGUCUUGUUAGUAAAUCCUGGUUCCCUUAUCCCUUCCACCAUUCCUGGAAUAUUUUCACUGUACGCCAUGGCACUCUCCAACAACCACAUCUGCCCCGUCCACAACUGGAAUUACAACCAGUCGUGCGGUGGCGAUGGCCCCGGCUCCUGCUGCACCCUGGACCACAUCCCCCUGGCCCUGCUGGGGGAGCGUCCCAAGGUGCUGACAGUCUCUCCUCUGCAGGUGGAUCAUGCCAAGGUGCUGCACUACAUUGGGGCAGGGGUGGCCUUUCCCACCAGCAUGCUGUUCCUGCUCCUGCAGUCCAUCCUCACCUACCGCAUGGCCAAAACACGUGGGCAGUACUGGACUGGCCACUUACGUAGCAUCCUCACCACUGUGGCCUUCGUCACCCUUGUCUUCAGUGGUGUGUUCUUCAUCCAGGAGAGCUUUGUACUGCAGCAUGUGGCCGCCUUAUGUGAAUGGAUGUUCAUCAUUGAUGUCCUGGUCUUCUACGGCACCUUCACUUUUGAGUUUGGGGCCAUCUCCACAGAAACCUUCCUGGUCCUGCUGAAAGCCAGUCGGGCUCCCAAAAGUUACAAAGGCGAGAGCAGUGUGUCCAGCACAGCCCACAUCCACAGCCUUGCUGAGGGCCUGGCCAUGGCCUGA